AUGGAACACGUCGACCAACAAGUGUUGCAAAAACGCAGGGGAGCUGUUUCAGCCGAUCAUUUCGACCCUCGGGCCCAUUAUCGUGCAAGAUCUAAAAAAAGGAGCAUGAAAGAUAUUGUAAAUAAAACUUCGGGUGAGCUUCAAAUUUCUGGGACAGUAAAGUUAGUUGAAAAUGCACAACUUAAUGAUCCCCCUAAAAACACAUCAGUCCAUGACGAUCACGAAUUAACGUCUUGGUUCGAUAAUGUAGACAAAGUUAAGAGUCGAAGUUCAUCGUCGCAAAAACAUAUCACUCAAAAACAUUUCAUCAAUGAACACACUCGGUCUUCAUCAGCAGCGUCAAGUCUGAACGAACAACCUAUCGUUGAUCCCAGUAAAGAACCGCAGAAGCAGGAUAAAAUAGAUCGAAGAUUGGUACUUACAAGGGAUGACGCCAAUCAUAUAAAGAACGCAUUGAGGCAACAUCCAAUUUUUAGGUUUCUCGAUUUAUCAGUAAUUAACAAUGUCGCUCGGUUAUUUCGUCCAAUAUUAACACAAAAAGGACAUUUUGUGUUUCUUCAAGGUGAAGAGGCUGACAAUUGCUAUUUUGCCGAUCAGGGUUGCUAUGCUGAAUACAAGGAGAAUGCGGACGGUAGCGUUUCGUUUAUGCGUACUUUUGACACCCGUGUGCUUUUCGGCGAACUCGCAUUUUUAUAUAAGCAUAAAAGAACAUCGUCUAUUCUGGUGAGGGAAGAAGGACGACUGUUAAUGCUUGGUAGAAACAUUUUCCGGCAAUUAGUAAUCAACAAGGAAUUUGAAACACAUUUACAAUGCCGUGUCAUCCUAGGGAUGAUCGAUUUAUUUAAUACGCUGUCAAAAUCGCGGCUCGACUUCUUGGCAGGGAUAACGGAAAUUCGGAAGUACAGUAAUGAAGUGAUAUUCAAAACUGGUGAUAUCUCAGACGGGUUGUACUUAGUCCUAGUUGGUGCCGUCGAAAUUUACGUGUAUCAAAACGACAUGCCAAGUGAAAACAUUUUGCUAAAAAAUCUUGAGAAAACCGGUUUGGGGCUGAUCGAAAAUGAAGAGUAUUUUGGCGAGUUCAGCCUUAUCUGUGACUGUUACCGGGCCACGUUCGCAAAGGCCCGCCAUGAUACCAUUUUGGGAUUCGUACCUGUUGACGUUUUCAGAAAACACUUCCAAGAUAUUCUAUCAAACGACGAAAGUUUUUUCAAAUUUCAAGAAGCCAAAAUGGCCAGUCUACCCAUCUAUAGAAAAGUCGACUUUCGUAGAUUUGAUUAUCACAGUUUAAAUGAAGGUCAACCAAAGAGAGAAUUUAUUUCCACGAAUGCAAAAGAGGCUUAA